GUUGCAACAUGUGGAGAAGAAAAAAAAUAAAGACUAAUCCAAUUUUUCUACUUUUUCAUUCUUUUAUUUGUUAAGCAGGUUUGAAGAUUCUCAAUGGCUGUUGAUGCCAAUUUACCUGAGGAUGUAACGUUUGAGAUUCUAGCUAGAUUGCCGGUGAAGUCUUUAAAGCGAUUUCAAUGCAUACAAAAAUCUUGGUUAGCUUUGAUUCAAAGUCCUGAAUUUGCAUCUGCUCACUUCACUUUUAGCAAAGCAAAGGCCUAUCCUCUUGUCAAGCGUGACAGUGAUUUUACUAGGAAGCCUAUCAUUUCAUUGCUUUCCAAUGAAACACUUGAUGUAAAAGUUGAUCUCGACAUUCCAAACUUGUUUGGUAGAAAUGCUCGCUGCAUUCGUAUUCAAGGUUCUUGCAUUAAUGGCAUCGUAUGUCUUUGGAGUGAUGAUGAUAUUGUCAUUUGGAACCCUGCUACCAAAGAGUUCAAGGUUAUUUCAGACCUUGAGGUUGAUAAUCUAGUUCGUGAACCAUAUAGUUGUUCUUUAAUACUAACACGUUUCAACUAUUACUGGGAUGCAGUGGGUUUUAGUCAUGAUUCCGAAACAGAUGAUUAUAAAGUGGUAAGAAUUGGUUCAUGCUGCUGCAAGUGUUGUUUCUUACCAAACAUUUCAGUCGAUGUUUAUAGUUCAAGCACUAAUUCCUGGAGAAGCCAUCCUAAAAUCUGGCCUUAUUCAAGCAUUCUACAGGGUCGUUGUCCUGACUCUCAAGUUUACUUAAAUGGGUCUUAUCAUUGGUGGGCUAUAACCGAAGGAGAUCUUGAUAAAGAGAUUAUUCUAACAUUUGAUAUGACCAAUGAAAUUUUUAUUGAGACACCAUUUCCUGACGGUGUUUUUGGUCAUUUUUACUUCACAAGCAGGAUUGAUAAAUUCAUGGUAAUAAAUGGAUGUGUUGCCAGAGUUUUUUGUUCUAACCAUGAAGAGAUAGAUAAAAGGUUUGAUGUGUGGGUGUUAGGUGAACUUGGUGUAAAAGAAUCUUGGACAGGAUUAUUCACAAUUGGACCUGUUUUAGGCAUCCAACGCCCACUAGCAAUUGACAACAAUGGUGGGUUCUACUUCGAGAAUGAAGAAGGGAAAGUGGUCUGGUAUCAUCCAAGUACUCAAGAGACGAAUACCCUCAAAAUCCAAAGGAAAUCUUUACAAGUUCUAAUUUAUGCAGAGACCUUGCUUUCUUUGGAGAAUUGAAGUGGUCUUCACCUUCAUUUAUCUUUGUUUUUCUUGCACAUGAUUAUAAUAAGUUGUA